AUGGAUGACGAAAAGGCGCUUCUAAGACAAAUCUUUGGCGACUCAUCAGACAGCGAAGAGAAAGAAGAUUCGACACACGAUGUUGGAUGCCACUCAACCUCGGACCCAAACUACCCUACUUGGGAACCAAUUAAGGAAAUCAAAGGUUUAUGGUUGUGCAGAGACUUCCUCUCUACUCACCAGCAAUCUAUCCUCCUUUCCGCUAUUCAAAACGAGGGAUGGUUCCUUGAAGCCUCCAAUAAUCAGGUGGGUACGCGGCCUGGAAAUGAACUCGAAAUUUUCCGAAUCAGAGCUAUGAGAUUUGGAGAUCUUCCAUCAUGGGCCAUUGAGCUCUCUAAUUCUAUCCAUGAGGUGAUACUAUAUGAUGAUCGUCUCUAUGAACCUACAAGUAGUGCUGUCUCUGAGGGGGUUGAAGCUGCCUGUUUGCUGCCACCAGAUAUGCUGCUGAGAGAACCCGUUUUUGAUCAACUAAUUGUAAAUGUAUACCAACCAGGUGAGGGGAUCUGUGCACAUGUUGACCUCAUGCGCUUUGAAGACGGAAUUGCCAUUGUCUCCUUGGAGUCCUCGUGUGUGAUGCACUUCACACAACUUGGAGAGGUCUCUGACUGUGGUAAGGAACAACCAGAUCUGCCGAUAAAGAUUCCUGUUUUCUUGACGCCAGGAUCGCUAGUUCUUUUGUUUGGGGAUGCUCGGUACCUUUGGAAGCAUGAGAUUAAUCGAAAGCCUGGAUUUCAGAUGUGGGAGGGACAGGAAGUAAACCAGAAGAGGAGAACCUCUAUAACCCUGAGAAAGCUUUGCCAUGUCGAGUAG